AGCCUAUUAACCCAACUAACUUAACAAGCUUCUGUUGCUUGGAAAUUUUCACAACCUCAGUAUUGUGUAGACGCUUCUAGAGUAAUCCACCAUAAUCUAAUUCUCAGAGCUAAACAAUGGAAACCGUCAAACCAGCACAAGUGGAAACACCUAUAAAACCCAUUGAAAACGAAAGUGAACCGAUGGAAGUAGACAACAAUGAUUUUGAUUCUGUAAUUCGUGAACUAAAAGAACAUGUUCAGUUGAUUGAAAAGGGCGCUGAGACAAAAGAGACGCGCUUUGUUGUACGUGUCAUUCGUUUAUUACCGCGCACGCGUCGUUUGCUCAACUUGUCAAUUUUGCGUCAAAUCGCUACUUUAAUUUAUCCACCGGAUGCUGAAUUACAAGAAGUACUAGGUCUUAUACCAACCACAGUUCCUGAAGUGUCCACCAAAUUCAAGCGUACCAUACCGCGUAGCCCAAUACCACAUAUUGACGUCUAUUAUCAUUUAUUGCUGCUCAUGAAGUUGAUUGAUGAACCGGAUUUGGAGAAAGCGCUGAUUUGUGGUACCAUUUUAAAUGAUAAAAUAAUCAAAGAUAAUAGCCCAACUAUGCAACUACUGGCUGCUCGCGCGUACUAUUACUUUGCACGUGCAUCAGAGUUGAAUGAUACUUUAUCAGAGAUACGCCCAUUUUUGCUAUUGCGUCUACGUACCGCUACAUUGCAUAAAAAUCAGGAAGUGCAAGCUGUUCUCAUCAAUUGCUUAUUGCAUAAUUAUUUACAUUACUCAUUGUAUGAACAGGCGGAUAAGUUAAUAAAGCAAACUAUUUUUCCGGUGGCCGCUUCUAAUAAUCAAUUGGCACGUUAUCUCUUCUACAAUGGGCGCAUCAAGUUAACUAAGCUCGAAUACACUGAAGGUCAUAAGCAGCUGAUUCGUGCUCAACGUAAGGCACCGCAAAGUACAGCACUUGGUUUUCGUCAAAUUGUUCAGAAGUAUAUUAUUGUUGUCGAACUGUUACUGGGCAGUAUUCCUGAGCGUACUAUCUACAAUCAGCCGGGUAUGAAGGAGGCCUUAUUACCCUACUUAAAAUUAACACAAACUGUACGUUUGGGUAAUCUUAAAGGUUUUGGUGCUGUUAUGGAAAAGUAUGGGAACUAUUUUCAAGAUGAUCACACCUAUAUGCUUAUCUCCCGUUUACGUCAGAGCGUUAUCAAAACUGCUUUGCGUCAAAUUAGUAUGGCUUAUUCACGUAUUUCUUUGGCUGAUGUUGCUCAACGUCUACUGCUUGAUAGUAUUGAGGAUGCUGAAUUUAUUGUUGCUAAGGCUAUAAGUGAUGGUGUCAUUGAAGGUAUAAUUGAUUGUGAUGGUGCUUGUUUAUGUAGUAAAGAGUCUCAAAAUGUGUAUAAGACACGAGAACCGCAAAUUGCUUUUCAUGAGCGUAUUGCUUUCUGUUUAAAUUUGCAUAAUGAAGCCGUUCGAGCAUUGCGCUUUCCUAAGACUGAAAAGAAGAAGCAGAAAACUGCUGUGGAAAAGGCCAUUCAAGAAGAACAAGAGCUCGAAGCCGCUGUUGAAGAAUUUGAGGAAUUUUAAAUUUUAAUAUAUCUUACAUGUCUUUUUAAAAUUAAUUAAUAAUAAAAUUACAAUAUGAACUUUA